AUGCCAUGCCAAUCGCAGCUGCUGCGUCUGCGUGACAGCCGACGGACCCUACACCACAUCUUUCGCCAUGUCGUGACAUAUUCACCUCAGCAACUCCGCCAUGAAUCUACCACCCCUGCAACAGAGUCUGCUCCUGCCACAGAGUCUGCGCGACUUGAGAACGCACGACUAAAAGCCCGCCUAGCUGCUCUGAAGCGUCUCGACAAACACAUCAACCCGGACGACUUGUCAGCCACACUCGAAGCACAUCGAGAUGCAAAUCGCGCUUCCGUUAUUCGCAGAGUACAAUCCUCACGAUCCGACCCUGACGUCGUGCGCCCUUCUUUCCUAGACACUCGACCACCCGUGAGACUUGAUCGCGACUCCGAACAACCUGAGAACGAGACUCGAGAGAAGAAAGAAAAGAAGGACAAAGCUCCCCUGGCAGUCUUCUCUAAGCUUGCGUCCAACGGACCCAACGAGGCAGAUGAUCCCGCCGCAUUCCAACUUCGCUCCUUGAAAAGAGCCGCGGAGGCCACGCAGAGGCAGGCAACUCUAGAGUGGCAGCAAAAAUAUAACGAGGGACAGUACCAACGAUGGGUUGACUUCCUGACCAAGCACGAGGAUCCCUCACAACCGUUACCAGAAUACCGAAAUGAGGAUCGCGCUGCUUUCUUCACAGUCCUACGAAGAGCCUUCACCAUUAUUCGUGAAGAACAAGUCAAGCGUUCCACUACGAGGUUCGUCGACGAUCUGGCGCCUAAUGGUUUCUUGUCCCACUACGGCUUUGCACAGCCCAUCGUUCAUGGACUCAAAGGUUACCAUGGCUCCGAGCCCUGGCGCCGUCGACCAAAAGGCUCAAAUAAGCAAUACAGCAUUAGAUCUUGGCUAAAUACCGAGAUAAAAGCUUUCGCCGAGUGGAUGGAGAUGACUCCUGCAGAAAAAGCCGCUAGAGAAAGGCUUUCCGGCAUCCUGAUUGACUUGGUUCAACAAGCAAGACCAGGCCUCGAAGCCGAAAUAUUCGGCUCUCAGUCGACUGGUCUCACAAUGCCAAACUCGGACAUCGACAUUCGACUCACCGACCCAGCUUACAGCAAAGCUAAGUAUGAAGGCGAUCCCGAGGAUAAAGCUGCCAAAUCAACAUGGGCAGCAGAACAGUCGGCAUUAAGAAAAGUACGGAUGAUCUCUCACCUCCGUAUCAUCCAGAGCUUGCUGGCCAAACACGAGGACUUUGAUCAGAUUGAAAUAAACGACUCGGCUUAUUUCCCUCUGGUGAUAGCUGUCCACAAACCCACAGGCCUCAAAGUUCAAAUCGUGUCCACGAAACCCACAUGGGCCGCUCGAAGAGCAACUGAAAAGUACCUCGCCGAAUUGCCGCUACUGAAAGGACUUUUCUUGCUCAUGAAGACCACUUUGAAUCUGCGCAACCUGUCAGAUCCCUGGUUUGGUGGUGUUGGCUCCUACACUCUGUUUAUGAUGUGCGUAGCUGCGUUGAAGGACGGCAAUCAAAGAGACAAGCAGAAAAUGAAAUCUCCAGCAAUCAGUCUGCUCUACUUCCUCGACUACUGGUCCAAGUUCGACACCCACCGAGAAGCAUUGAGCAUCGAUCCUUUCCUCAAAUUCAGAAAGAAAUCAAUCCCGAACUUUGAUGAAAGAGAGGCUAGGAGAACGGACUCGUCCCUCUGGGCACGCCACCGCAUCGCCAUCCCCUCAACAUACAAACCCUGGAUGCUGCACCUCCAAGACCCUGCCGACCCCUACAACGACCUCGGCCGCAGCGCCCUCGCCAUUAAAGACAUCCAGGCAACUUUCAAACAACUCUACCACGACCUACUCUGGGAAAUCGAGGACCCAAAGAGAAAACAAGAGACUACGCCUCUACUCAAAAAUUUUGUCGGCAAUAGUGAGAGGUACUUUGAUGAGAUGAGGAUUCCGGUGGAUCUAUGGGGUAGCCAGUUUGUUGAAAAGAAUGCGGAAGUGGAAGGUCAAGGUGAGGUUGAGGGCGAGGAUGUGGCGGAUGUCGAGGCUGCUUCGAGAGAUGUGUCUGAAGAGGCAUCUUGGGACAGUGAAGACGCUGUCGCAACUCUACGCUACAUGCACGAUCUAUCAGGGUCAAAGCAAAAUGUCUAA